UAGACCCACCGAAGCGUGAACUCUGUGUAAACUGGACUCCAACUUGGGUCACAGAGAGAAGCAACAGUUCGGCCCAUACGAAAAAUGCAAAAUACAAACAUAACUUGAGCAAAUCAGCCAUCGACUCCGAUCUUCUCUUUCCCUGCUUCUGCAGCUAUGGCGUCUACAGUGACUCGCAGAUUUACAAACAAACUUCUUAGAAAUCCUUCAUUUCUCAGAGAUUCCCAAAUAAACCCAAAACUCUCAACCCCCUUCAAAUCGUAUGUCAAAUCAGCUCCUUUUAGCCAGAGUCAAAAUCAUCCACCAUAUCUUGGGAUGAUACAAAAGCAAUUUCAUUCUUCUCAGUAUAUGGAGAAUCUCAGAUUUCAAGUUCGUGGAUUAGCGUUGACGAAUCACCAAAACCCUUUAAAGAUGAACCCCAGAUACUUUUCAUCUGAGGGUAGUGGAAACCCUAAAAGCCCUAGCGAGUAUCCGAGUGAAAACCCUGAAUUUAAGCACCAGGAGAUCACAGGACCAACUGUAGAACGUGACGUUACGCCACUUGCGAAUGAGACCCGUGAAGUGCUUGAGAAAAUGCUCAAGACAAUGUAUAGUUUGAGUAAAGCAUUUGCUGUACUUGGGCUUGUUCAUCUUGGUUUAGGAGCUUGGCUUACUUACAAGACUCAGUCUUCCCCAAUUCCUGAGAUUUCGAUACAGAGUUUCUUGGCUUUUGGGUUGCCAUUUUCCUUGGCAUUCAUGUUGAGAAGAGCGCUGAAGCCGAUUUACUUCUUUAAGAAAAUGGAAGAACAAUCUAGGUUGCAGAUUUUGACUCUUACUCUACAGGCUGCGAAGCAAUUGAACUUGUUGUUUGUUCGUGCUCAAGGACUCGAUGUCAUGGACAACAUGGAGAAAUUUGCAGGUCGAAGUAAAGAACUUUCCCUAUGGAGAUUGACUUAUCAGGAUUGAAAAAGAACAGAGAAAUCAUUCGCUGAUGGACAACUUGGUACAUUCAGCACCAAGCUCAGACAUGUCUGCGGAGUGUAGAUAUUGAUAUAAACGUGUUCAUUUCAACACAGAUAGGUGGAAAUGCACCUCCUUUAGAGUCAAAAAGCGUAAAGCAAAUACUUUGAGCUAUGAUUCUCCUUGAACCUCUCUAGUUGUGCUAGUGCCUUUUUCGCUUAGGAUCUUUUGUGCCAUUCAUGUGUUUGGUUUGACUGUGUAACCAAAACUCUCAAGAAGGUAUGGCCUAAGCCCUGUUUCUUCAAAUGUAAUUUCUUCCUCAAUGGCAAUAUACAUUGUGUUCAUUUCAAGCAUGUAUUAUGGUGGAGAGUGUGUUUUCAAGUUGUUUGUCCAAGUCUACUCUUAUUUCUUUUAGAGGAGAUUGAUAAAUGCUAUUGAACUUCGAUUUCAA